UCUUAACUUUUUCUUCAUCUUUAAGUUCUGUCCUUGUAAUCUUCCUAGUAAGUCUUCUUGCUUCAGUGUACUACUAUUUUCUGAAAGUUGAUGUCUCUGCAGUUAGAUAUUUCACCUGCCGUUCCUGUCUUUCCAGUGUCAUUCAUUCCCUUGCUACAGUAUUCUUUCUACCUUCCCAACCAAAAGCUGUUUCCACGUACAGAACAAAGUAGGAUUGAGAAUAAUAAACAGGUGGCAAUAAAGCCAAUGACAAAGGAUACACAGAGAAGAGAAAAUGAUGUACAGACAGAGAUAGAGAUAGGAGUAUAGCCACAAGCCAAAGAAGCCCAAGGAAUGUUGAGCAGCCAACAAAAGCUUCUAGAGGAUAGAUUCAAGAAGCUCUUUCUAUAGUGCGGAUUGUUCCCUUUAGUAAGAGCAUGUCGUCCAUCUUGCCAUUCACUCCACCAGUCGUGAAGAGACUUUUAGGAUGGAAGAAAUCAGCUGGUGGGUCUGGAGGAGCAGGCGGAGGAGAGCAGAAUGGACAGGAAGAAAAGUGGUGUGAGAAAGCAGUGAAAAGUCUCGUGAAGAAGCUAAAGAAAACAGGACGAUUAGAUGAGCUUGAGAAAGCCAUCACUACUCAAAAUUGUAAUACUAAAUGUGUUACUAUACCAAGCACUUGCUCUGAAAUUUGGGGACUGAGUACACCAAAUACGAUAGAUCAGUGGGAUACAACAGGCCUUUACAACUUCUCUGAACAAACCAGGUCUCUUGAUGGUCGUCUUCAAGUUUCACAUCGAAAAGGAUUGCCACAUGUUAUAUAUUGUCGGUUGUGGCGCUGGCCUGACCUCCACAGUCAUCAUGAACUCAAGGCAAUUGAAAAUUGUGAAUAUGCUUUUAAUCUAAAAAAGGAUGAAGUAUGUGUAAACCCUUAUCACUAUCAGAGAGUUGAGACACCAGUUUUGCCUCCGGUAUUAGUGCCACGGCACACUGAGAUUCUAACAGAGCUACCACCUCUGGAUGAUUAUACCCACUCCAUUCCAGAAAACACUAAUUUCCCAGCGGGAAUUGAGCCACAGAGUAAUUACAUCCCAGAAACACCACCACCUGGAUAUAUCAGUGAAGAUGGAGAAACAAGUGAUCAACAGUUGAACCAAAGUAUGGACACAGGAUCUCCAGCAGAACUGUCUCCUACUACUCUCUCCCCUGUUAACCAUAGCUUGGAUUUGCAGCCAGUUACUUACUCCGAACCUGCAUUUUGGUGUUCAAUAGCAUAUUAUGAAUUAAAUCAGAGGGUUGGAGAGACCUUCCAUGCAUCACAGCCCUCACUCACUGUGGAUGGCUUUACAGAUCCAUCAAAUUCAGAGAGGUUCUGCUUAGGUUUACUCUCCAAUGUUAACCGAAAUGCUACAGUAGAAAUGACAAGAAGACAUAUAGGAAGAGGAGUGCGCUUAUAUUACAUAGGUGGGGAAGUUUUUGCUGAGUGCCUAAGUGAUAGUGCAAUCUUUGUGCAGAGCCCCAAUUGUAAUCAGAGAUACGGCUGGCACCCUGCAACAGUGUGUAAAAUUCCACCAGGCUGUAACCUGAAGAUCUUUAACAACCAGGAAUUUGCUGCUCUUCUGGCUCAGUCUGUUAAUCAGGGUUUUGAAGCCGUGUAUCAGCUAACCAGAAUGUGCACCAUAAGAAUGAGUUUUGUUAAAGGGUGGGGAGCAGAAUACCGGAGGCAGACAGUAACAAGUACUCCUUGCUGGAUAGAACUUCAUCUGAAUGGACCUCUACAGUGGUUGGACAAAGUAUUAACUCAGAUGGGAUCCCCUUCAGUGCGCUGCUCAAGCAUGUCAUAAAGCUUCAUCACCAGUCAAGUCCCAUCAAAAGACUUACCAACUCUUCUGUCAUAGUAUUUGUGUAUGGUCCCCAUGGACUGUUUGCUAUCCAAAAAUUCCAGAGAGAAAACAGCACUUGAGGUCUCAUCAAUUAAAGCACCUUGUGGAAUCUGCUUCCUAUAUUUGAAUAUUAGAUGGGAAAAUUAGUGUCUAGAAUUGCCCUCCCAUAAAGGGGGAAGAGAAGAUUUAAAGACUUAAUCAUGUCUUGUUGGGCCUAAGACUGAAUGUCCCAAAGGUUUAUUAAUAACAGUAGUAGUUAUAUGUACAGGUAAUGUAUCAUGACCCAGUAUCGCAGUAUUGUGCUGUUAAUACAUUUUUAGUUUGCAUAAAUGAGGUAUGUGUGUGUGUGAGUAUGUGUGUGCACGCACACGUGCACGCGUGUGCGUGCGCUGCUUCUUGAUCUAGGCAAGCCUUUAUAAAGUUACAGUACCUAAUCUGUUAUUCCCAAUUCUGUUAUUUUUGUCUUUUCAAAUAUAUAAUAUAUAUACAUCAAGAUUUUCAAAUUAUCAUUUAGAAGCAGAUUUUCCUUGUAGAAAAACUAAUUUUUCUGCCUUUUACCAAAAAUAAACUCUUGGGGGAAGAAAAGUGGAUAACUUUUGAAAUCCUUGACCUUAAUGUGUUCAGUGGGGCUUAACAGUCACUCUUUUUAUGUUUAUUUACUGCUCAAUUUCAUUGUAAGAUAACUAUGUUGAAAACCUUUCAAGCCUCUUUUCUUGAUCUCCCUUUUGUUCUGAUACCAAAACAGUGCAGCUUGACAUCAUUGCUGGUAAUAAGUGCACUGAUACUGCUGGCACUAGUUAAUUCUGGGUCCAGUAAAAGUUCAUUUGGAGUAAAUCUCUUGUCUUACAACCAGAUUUCAGCAUAUACUGAUUGACUUGUAUAACCUAUCAGUUUAUUGAUUUAACUUUCCACCUCAUGAAGAAUGCACAAGUGGCAGUAUAAUUAUUUUCAGGGAUGUGCUAGAAUUCAGUAUAUUUAUCCUUUUUUAAAGCAGUCUAUAAAUAUAAGUACCCUUUUUUAAAAGAUAUUUUAAGAUAUUUCAGCAGCAGAUCUGCUCUUUGUUGAGUAGCUUCAUUUGACUUAGUUACCAGAUUGUAUUAUGAAAUGGACCUUUUGUAAAUGUAAUUGCUUCUGCAAAAUACCUAGAAAAGAGAUGCUGAGGUAUAAUCAGCAGAUAAGGGCCAUCUGUUUUUAAAGUAUGUUAUAUUCAAUUUAUAAAUUGAAUGUUAUUUUACAUAGUUACCAAUUCAGAAUUUUAAAAAUUGGAAAAGCUGUUUAGCAACUUUUUUUAAGCUUACAGUUAAAUGUCUGAGCUGUUCUUAACUAAUCUUAGGUAUGUGGUUGACCAUAUUUUGUGCUCUGCAGUGAGGAGAUUCCAGCACCUCUGUUGGUCAUCCAUUCUGCAACAAAUAAUGAUAAUGUCUAAUGUUGACUCAUUGCAGUAUAAACAUUUCUUCUUUGCAUCUCAGUAGAAAUGGAAAAUAACCACUCCUGAUCCCUUUUCGUAAAUUUUCACAGUUUUGAAGAUAGAUACCUUUGGUACUUGUUUUUUGAAACCAUAUUCACCUGUAUGUACAGGUAUCAUUUUCGAUACUGUCAGCAUUGGGUUGUUUUUUAUUGGAUACUCCCCAUCUUCCUAUAUUUGUGUGUAUAUGUAUAUGUUCGUGUAAAUUUGGUAUAGUAAUUUUUUAUUCAUUCAGCAAAUAUUUAUUGUUCACCUGUUAUGUGCCAGGAACUUUCUUAACCUUUGGAUAAAGGUGAACAAGACAGCUAUAGUUUCUGCCUCUGCUGAGAUAGCAGUUAAUCUAAUCCAUAAUCAUCUUAUGUGUCUGUGAAGGAGAUAAACAGGGUACUAUGAUAAAGAAUAACAAAUGGGAUGCUUCAGAUAGGACAUCAUCAGGAAGGCCUCUAAGGAAGUGAUGCUCGAGUUAACACCUGACCUAGAAGGAGCAAGCCAUGUGAAGAACCGAGGGAAGUAAGCAUUCCUGGUGAAAAGAACGCAUCAAGUGCAAAGGCACAUUUUUAAGGAAACUCUCUAUUAGGAUUAGGUGGUAAUGCUUUUCUUUAUACAAAAACCUCUCCACAAAUCCAAACUUGAAGAUCAGAAUGGUUCUACAGUUUAUAAAAUGUUGAAGGUGGCCUUAUUUUGUGAUAGACUGCUUUGUGUCAUUCUCACUAAUAUAUCUUCUUCCUCAAAUCUUUGCUACAAAAUUUAUUUGCACCAGGUCAAUACCACUUAAUAUGGCAUAACUACCCAUGAUUGUGCAAAUGUUCACCACCAUAGUGACCUGCUUGCUUCCGGACUUCCUGCUGCCCACUAAUUAUUACUUCUACUGUCCAACUUGUGAUUAGAGUAAAUGUCCCGGGUGUUACCAUGAUGGGGACUGCUGGAGAUAAUCGGUGGAACCUCUGCACCUCAGUGGAAGUUUGCAUACUUGAGAACAUGUAUACUGAUGCUGGGGAACAGUCCUGGGGGCAAAGAACAACUUUGAAAGCAUAGAAGGUCUAGGCAGUUACAUGUUAAAUGAAGAGUUGCCAACAAUGGCAUUUCAACAGUGGAGCACACCUCCAUAAUUCAGGUGGGACUUUUCUGUACAGUAUGAAACCAGGACUGAACUCUUUGCAAACACUUGUAUUGAGCAGCUGUACCUCUUGAGUAGUUAAUUUCAUCAUGGUGAUGAUUACAUUUAUGUGAAUAUGUUUAAUGAUUAUAUUUGUUUUUAUGAGAUACUGGCUUUUGCAUUAUAUUUUGUCUACUAUGGCCUCGUUUUUGUUGACUUUUUUCUUUUGAAGGGGUGGUUUUUAUUCCAAACCAUAAAAUCUCUUCUGUUGAAUUUCAUCAUUAUUUAAAUUAGUAACAUUAUUUAGAACUUAACCUGCACAACACUGUUGGUAUCCUCAGUUUAAUGCCCUGAGAACUCUGCUGCUGUCCUGACUCUAAAAGGGUUUUUCCCAGGGGCUCAAGUGACACCUCAGGGCAGGCUUAGGAUGUGAAGGCUGUUGGAGUUCUCAGUGAUCUUUGCCCAACCAGUGGCAGGUUAUUUUAUUUUAUAUUAGGCUGUACAUGGGAUUUCUUUUGAAAGAAGAGUUUUUGAUUUUUUUUUAAUAAGCUUUGGCAAUUGUUUAUAAGUGGAUUAGAAAUAUAACUGGAUAUAGGCCAAUCUUUUAGAAUGCCACUAAAUUGUGAUUUUUUUUCAUCCUAUUUAGAGACGCUUUCUUAAAGGAUUGAACCACACCAAUUGUACUGACUGUACAUUAUUGUAUACAUUUGGUCAGUGAACACUUACUGAUUGAUGCCUGUUUACCCAGCCACUGUGAUAGAUGUUGAGUAAUAAAAAGAUAAUUAGCUUAGUCCUAGCCCUCAAGUAGGGCUUAGUCCUCUGGGGGUUACUGUUGCUCUCAGGACCUGUCAUUUUGCCAGAAGGAUAUCCGUCUAAUUUUUCUUGAAGGCUAAAGGCUAAAGAUCUGUACUCUUACGCUGUAUUCUAAGUAUAUUUUUGCAGAUUAUUUAAUAUCUAGUUAUAUUUUUACCUUAAACCAUAUGCAGUUUUGUUUGAUUCAUCUGUCUUAAGAUUGUCAGAUUUUCCCCUUGGUUAAAAUUACUUUAAUUUCACUUUAUUUGUGCCUUCAUUGUCAUUUGAAUCAAGACUAAGACUUUGAACAUGAAAACCAGUCUAGUCUCUCGCUAGUUGAAAUCAAAUAAAAGCAUAUACCCAUUUGGUUUCUCUACCUCUUCUAAAAACUGCCCAUAUAUACCUUUAAAAUCUAUCUUUCUUUAAAUUACUAAAUACUUUGAGCAUUUAUUCUGUUAGGCACCUCUUGGUCCAAGGGUGGGAUGGGUUUAUGGUGGGAUGUAGAGUAACAAAAGACAAUCUUCUCUGUACUUAAAAUUAUGUGCAGUCUUUGCUUUAAAAGCUGAACAUUCCCUUUACCCCCAUUCAUGCUGUCUCUUCAACUAUCUUUAGAUAAUUCAGUCUUUGGACAUGAGCAACCGUGCUCUUUCCUUUUAUUAUCAACUGAAGCAUUGAUAUUUAGACAAAUCAUAUUAUCACCCAUGUUUUUUUCUUUCAUGUGCUUUACUUUAAAUCUUAUAUUUCUCAACUGAAUUUUGUUCUUCCUCUCAUUAACAUGUAUCCAUAUGGUACUUCCUGAUUGCCUUCUCCCGUCGACCUCACUUUAUCUGCGUACAUCAAAAUAUGUCUCUCCUUUGAACUUCAGUAUUACCCAUAAAGGAAGGUGCUUUUUAUAUCCCAGGUCCUCAUUUUCCUUACCAGAAAGGUUGAUAUUGUUCAAAUUGGCUUGUUUCUUUAAUCUUACAAGUGUCUUUGAAAUUCUCUGCAGUGUGGUCUUUGUGACUGGCAAGUAGCAAUUCUCUAUGUAAGUUAUAUUUAAGAUUAUGAACUUUGUGACAGUUGGAGCCAAUGUUUUCCCUGUAAUAGCCUUAUUUUAUCUUGGGGCAUAUUUGAUUUUUGUAUUCAGUACAAUCAAGAUGAAAAUGGUGUGUUAUCUCCAGAGAGGGUCAGAAUCCUGCUAUUGAGUUGCAUUACUUUUUUUUUUUUUUUCUUUUUUACCAGGGAUUAAAUUUGGGACCUUGCACUUAUGAGGC